AUGCUGACGCCGGAUUUCAAGACUUUCGCUCUCAUGCGCGACGAACUUGCAAGAGUACGUCGUCUGGCGGCGCAGUCGACUGGCCCUCCGAGGACACCCGUCCCGGGCAUUGAUCCCCAGAGAAAUUUCAUCUCUCGGCUGCCCGUAGAGGUGCUCACCAACAUCUUGAAGGCGACCAGGCUUACAUGGCCGGGGCCUAAAAUCAGCUGUGGCCCGGGUUGUUGGCUGCUCUGUCGAGAAGUCGAUCCACUGUGGCUCGAGAUUAUCGACAAUCUGGCGUGGUUUUGGGGGAUGUUCGACGAUAGGAACGGCCAACGAUUCCUGACAAUGGUGAUCGAGCGAUCGGGGCACGGGAACAUGAAGUUGAAGGACAUCUGCAUUGGCCGUGAUGCCUACUUGGGCGGCGUCAUGAGGGACCUAGUGUCAUCGAACUCGGAGAGGAUUGAGGAGCUGUCCUUUCGUGCAGACUACGAGGAGGAGUGCAAUGAGGUGAUGUCGAGGACGUUCAAUCGGCUGCGAAGUUUUGGGGCAUAUCAUGCGAAUGGUGGAGACUACUGGGGGUCGACGAGCGCGCUGGAGCUCAAGGCGCUGGACUGGUUGACGCGAAGGAGGGAGGAGUUUGAGGAGUUGAGGUUACGAAGGGUGUUGAUUCCGAUGGAAUUGGUGAGGACGGCGGUCAACCUACGCCGCCUGAGCUUGUUCGGAGUAGGUCGGGAUCUCGCCGAGGACGGCGCACUUCGUUUGGACAUUGCUGGGUUGUGUCUCAUGGGAAGGUCCUUGUUGGGGUUGGAGGAAUGGGAGAUUGGAGGAGAGGUGGAGCUGGACAACGUCAGCAGGGAGAAGGUGGUAGAGCUGAGGGCCCUUCGGAGGUUCCGUCUGGAAAACGUGAAAGCGAGGGUCGUUCGGGUCAUGAUGACUGCACUGUCAUUUCCAGCGGUGGAGCUUCUGCAGAUAGGAGGCGUUGGAGAUGAGGUCGACACGGUGGAUGCGUUGAUGUCGGUGAGGGAUGUCGUCAGGGCGUGGCACUUGGGCGUGGGUCAUAUGGAAUUAGGGGAGGAGUGGGUAGGGGAUGAGGCUAGGUUGCAGGUGGAUUACGAGGUGGGAAGGUGCGAGAUGAGGUGGAGGGCGGAAGGAGACAUCGGUAUGGUCAAGGUUGGGGCCCUUCUGGUGUCCUGUCUGGGUGUCGCGAACGUGGUCACUCUGACUUUGCCGAGUUGUCCACACACGACCGCCGGGGCGAAGGACGAGUGGACGGAACUAUGUAAGGUGACAGGGAACAUGGAGUGUGUUAGGGUCGAUUACGGGGGUAAAAUGCUGGAGGUUAUCUGGGACAACUUGGCUCACUCUCUGCUGGAGGACACGGCGAAGACAGGACCAGGGGAGACCUUGCCAUGGCCCAAGUUGGAGACACUCAAGAUCGCCGGGGUUUUGACGGAUGAGAGUGUGGAGAAAUGGUUGGAUUGGCUGGAUUUGAGGGUACUGAGAGGUCAUAGAUUGGAGAAUUUGGAUGUAUUGGGGAGCAUAUCCGGAGCGAAUGCCUCUGAUUCGUCACGGAUCUCUCCUCCUGGAUGGGGCAUGGAUCCCGGGUAUUGGUCUCCUGAAUGGGGUGUGGCUAUGGACCCCUUUGUAGAGGAAGCAUGGGAAGACCGUUUCAGAGCGGUGGCAAAGGUCUCCGUGUGGAGGAAUUUUGCGGCAAUCCCCGGCCAGGCCUGGUCGCAGGCAUUUGAUAUUCAACCUUCGGCAAUCCCCGGCAAGGCCUGGUCGCAGGCAUUUGAUAUCCAAUUUGUGGCGCUGAAAUUGAUGUGGCGAAGCCAAGUUCACCGCGAUGGCCCACGAAAGACGCGGCGGGUUGCAGAGCUAGAAGCCCAGCUUCGUAGUGCCCACCGGGAAGUUAACGACUUGCGCGCGCAACGAGAUGCCGCGCACAAGCAAAUCACCGCCUUGCGCUCCCAGUGGAAGGAGCGUACCGAUUCGUUGAAAGCAGUGGUGUCAACGAUGAACGUGCCGGAACUAAGGGCCGUAGAGGAAGCGAUGGAUGUUGAACAGGCUCCCGAAAAUGAAGCCAUGGACGUUGACCAGGCUCCGGGAAACGACAGUGACAGGGAGCAGCAGCCGGCUCGCAAUGAGAAUCGCGGCCAACAGCACGUGCAAAGGGGUACAGAGAUACCUGGGCACCGUGAUACUGUGGAUGAGUGGGAUAACCUCCAACCCUUUGGACAGACCGAGGAAGUGGUCCCCUUCGAGCGUCCCGAACACAAGAAAGUCCUCGAAGGUGAAAUCUGCGCCACAAUCAAGCCGUCCAUGCUCAAGGGAGCUUCCGACGUCUCUUACCGCGCGUGGCAGGCGUGCUGGGGGCUGGAGACUGUUCGGCCGGACUCUCGUUUGCAGUUUCAGCGGGAGCAUCAGGCCCUUGCACCCCAGAAUCCGGGAGAACCGGGAGUCGUCUACUUCCUGGGUUGGCUUAAGCAGCCUGGCGCAGGGUCGUUUGCUGUAAUGGUCAAAACCAGUAAGGACUCAUGGACCUUCUGCGGUCGCUAUAAGGCCGAACUCGUCGACGUUUUCAAGCCUCAGGUAUGGGAUGCAGAGUCUGAAGAUACCAAAAUUUCCUGGGCCCGAUAUUUUGAGGACAAAAUCGGGGUCAGGGACCAGCUCGCCUGCGCGCGUGUUCAUAUCGCUUUGAGAGACCGUGAGGAGCCAUCGUGGGAGAAGUGCGAACGUGAAAUCGCCCGCCACCACAAGUUUGCGCCGCCGACAGCCGGCGACAUCUUACGUGCAUGGAAGCACCGCCUGGUGGCUCAAGUGUGUCGAGUGGGAUGUCGCGGUGGUGGAUCAGCUCCGAGCGUUUUGACCGAAAUAUACCUUGUAGCAGUGUCGGUGAAUGCUUGUACGACUCCACUCGAUCUUACGUGUAAAAAUAUGCCAAAUUUGCGAUGA